CGUCUAAUUAUAUCGUCACUCACUCACUCACUCAUUCAUUCAUUCACUCACUCACUCAUUCACCCACUCACUCACCCACUCACUCACUCUCUCGUUCGUCUGCACACCUUCACUUUCGCAGCUGCAUCCGAUAUCGGAUUCAUCAAAGACCAUGGCUCCCGCCAGUCAGCCCUCAUCCUCUUCAACUCCUCCGUCGUCAAUACCACCGCAACACCAGCAACUACCGCUGCACCUGCUCACUUCCCCAUCAGCCGAUGCCCCUCUUUCGCCCACCAACAAUGCUACAUCCUCCUCCUCCUCCAGCAUACCCUCCCUGCACUCCCGUCGACGGAGAGCUACCCUGCAAGGACAGCAGCCCUUGAUCAUCACCUCCCCUUCGUCCUCCACCUCAAGGAACAACCCCUUCAAUGACUCCUCCGCAGCCAACAGCAACAGCAACAGCAACAGCAACAGCAACAGCAACAGCAACAGCAACAGCAACAAGAACCUGUUGAUCGAGAAGCCAGAACCCACUCCCGUCGGCACCAAGUCCUCUGUCAUGGAACUCGGCUCAGUCCACGAUCCAUCCACAGCAACAACUGCACCACCAGCUCCUAUCCAUUCACACUCCUUCAAAGAACAAUCCCGCAGGGAUUCUGAAUCCUCCGAUGUCUCGAAACCAAUCCAUCCCCAGAGCUGGUGGACCACUGUCCUCAACAAGGUCAGAGGUCGCAGAGGCGUCGUCCCCCAAAAGUCCGACCGAGUCAUCCCCAUCAACCCCUCCCGAACCACCCCUCUCAUCCAGCCAGAAACCGGCUAUCCCUAUGUCUCCAAUGCAGUAACAACCGCUCGCUACACCCUGUGGGAUUUCUUGCCAAAGCAGCUUUAUGCGCAAUUCUCAAAGAUCGCAAACGUCUACUUCUUGUUCGUCGCUUCCUUGCAGAUGGUGCCGAGCUGGUCCCCAACAGGCCAGUACACAACCUUGGUUCCGUUGGUGGUCUUCUUGUCGAUCGCAAUCGCUCAUGAGGGCUAUGAUGAUUACCGGAGACAUCGACAGGACAGUGGAGAGAAUAACCAGAAGGCAAACGUCUUUCGGAGCUAUCGUAACGCAACCAACUCGAUCUCUUCGGCCGAUUUCCCUCAUCACGCGCCUUUGGCAACUACAGCAGCCGUGGAGGUUGAAUCGUCGUCUGCAGAUGUCUCGAUCACGAUACCAUUGACACCAGCAACGACGCAGCAUUCACCUGCAGCAAAUCUUCCAAUCUUUCAGCAAAUCAAGUGGAAGGACCUGGCCGUGGGAGAUAUUGUAAGGGUGGAUCAGAAUGACUGGGUGCCUGCAGAUUUGGUUCUGCUGCACUCUGGAGGACCAGAGGGCGGGUGCUAUGUCGAGACUGCCGCGCUCGAUGGCGAGACGAAUCUCAAGCAACGACAGGCGCUCAAGGUCACGAAUGACAACAUCCAAACUCCCGAGGAUCUCGCAUCUUUCACAGGUUGCGCCCAUACGGAACAGCCCAACCAGGACCUGUACAACUUUGAGGGCUACAUGGAACUUGGGCGGGGCAAGAACCUGCCGCGAUACCCGCUCAGCAUCAACCAGGUCCUCCUCCGCGGCACCAUCCUCCGUAACACCCCUUACGUCUACGGCCUCGUCGUCUUCUCGGGCGAGGACACAAAGAUCCGUCAGAACGGCUCAAAGAACGUGCGGACAAAGGCCCCUAGCAUGCAGCGCCUGAUCAACAAGGUCAUCAUCGUCAUCUUCAGCAUCGUCAUCUUUUUGUCCGCACUCUGCACAGUCCUCAGCGCGGUCUGGAACAGCAAGAACACCAAGCCCGGAAGCAUGGCCUGGUACCUGUCAGGCAAGGGUCCCUUCCACAGCGAUACUGCUUCGGUCCUCUUUGGAUACAUCGUCCUCUUCAACACCAUGAUUCCAAUCUCGCUCUAUGUCACGAUGGAAUUGGUCAAGUUGCUGCAGGCGUACUUUAUCCACCACGACAUUGAGAUGUAUGAUCCGAUCUCGGACACCCCCGCAGAGGCCAGGACAUCAGUCAUUAACGAGGAAUUGGGCCAGGUCAGCUAUCUAUUCUCGGACAAGACAGGAACGCUCACGGAGAACAUCAUGAUCUUUCGCAAAUUCUGCGUGGCAGGACAUUCCUUCAACCAUGACCUGGAUCCGGAAACUAUCAAGGCAGCAGCGUUGUUGGCGCAGGAGAACCAGGAUGGGCUCUCAUCUGACCCCACACCGGAGGGGGAAGCCACUCGUAGGCGCAACAAGUACAAGAACAAGGCUGGGAAGGUGGUCAGCAAACUGAAGCGGUCCUCGCAUCGGCACAGCCGCAGGUCCAGCAUAGGUUACCAGAGUCUCGGUGGGAAGGAAGUCUCGGAGAUGGGGGCAGGAUCAUAUUCGGGUACUUAUCCAGAGAGCGUUCACGUAGGCAACAAACCAUCCUACGCAGAGACCAUCGUACCCUGCACGCCCACGUCCCAAUUGAUUCCCUUCUUAGAGUCAGGAGCACGCCACCCCAUGACGGGCAGGAUUCGGUUCUUCUUGUUGGCAAUGGCUCUUUGUCACGAUGCCGUCCCAGAGCUGAUGGAUGUGUCCGAUCCGAUGAGUUUCAAGUACCAGGCAGCCAGUCCGGACGAGAACGCUUUGGUCGCUGGUGCAAAGGAGCUUGGCUACGUCUUUGUGGACCGCAGCCGUGGCGGAAUCCGUGUGUGCAGCCUGCGAGAGUCCCCGAAUGAGGCGACAAAGGAGGAGUUUUAUGAAAUCCUCAACGUCAUCGAGUUCUCGAGUAAGCGGAAGCGUAUGUCGGUCAUCUACCGGAUGCCGGAUGGACAGAUCUGUUUGUUCACAAAGGGGGCGGAUUCAAUCAUUUUGGAGCGCGUGCGGGAUCCUCAGACGGGAUUCAAUGAUUUCCAAGCCCUGGAAUCGCCCAUGCCGUUCACGCCGGAUUCGGUUCAUGGAUAUAACGGUGCCGAUCCUUUGGAGAGCUUGGAAUACUCGAAAUCGGGAAAGAGUCGCAAGUAUGCCCUGGACAGGUCCUCGACCUCGGGCACGGGCAUCGGUGUUGGCGGUGGGGCUAUGCGAAAGGGCUAUGAUCGUCAGGAUACCAUGGAUUCGAUGAAGGAUGAAUUUGGUAUGGUUGCGGAUGGUAACGACCCAUCUUUGGCCGAGGAGGACGAUACGGGCGCCUACUUUUUCGGUCAGACCCCAGGAUGGACACAGUCAGAGAUGUGGGAGUAUCAACAGACGAUGGAUCAUAUUCAAGAGUAUGCGACCACAGGAUUGAGGACUUUGCUUUACGGACACCGAUUCCUGUCCAAGGAGGAGUAUAGCGAUUGGUCAAAGCAGUACGCCGCCGCUCAGAGUGCUAUCGAAGGUCGACAGGAGAAACUGGAGCAGGUAGCAGAGUUGUUGGAGCAGAAUCUGGAUAUGACCGGUGCAACCGCUAUUGAGGACAAGUUGCAGGUGGGCGUGCCGGAGACGAUUGAUAAGCUGCGGAGGGCUGGUAUUCGACUGUGGAUGUUGACAGGGGACAAGCGCGAGACCGCCAUCAACAUCGGAUACUCGUGCCGUUUGAUCAAGGAUUACUCUUCGACCAUCAUCCUGGACGUCCCGACUCAGGCGCAGGCUCACAGGGCGCUGAACAAGGCGAUGAAGGAUGUGAACAAGGGCAAGUCCCGCCAUGUGGUGGUAGUGAUCGACGGAGCGACUCUGGGAAUUGUAGAGCAGUCGACAGAGUUGAUGGCACUCUUUGUGGAGCUGGGCAUCCGAGCGGAUUCAGUGAUCUGCUGCAGAGUCAGUCCUGCGCAGAAGGCAAUCGUGGUCAAGACGGUCCGGGCUCGAUGCAAACACGCGGUGACGCUCGCGAUCGGCGAUGGAGCGAACGAUAUUGCGAUGAUCCAGGAGGCCAACGUCGGAAUCGGUAUCACAGGCAAGGAGGGUCUGCAAGCGGCUCGGUCGAGUGAUUAUUCGAUCGCACAGUUCCGGUUCCUGGAGCGGCUUCUGUUUGUCCACGGGCGGUGGUCGUAUGUCCGAGUGUCAAAGUUUGUGCUGGGAACAUUUUACAAGUGCGCGACCUUCUACCUGACACAGGGACUGUUCCAGAUCUUUACAGGAUUCUCGGGCACGUCGUUGUAUGAGCAAUGGACGCUUUCGUUCUACAACACGCUGUUCUCGUCGUUACCGGUGAUGGUGGUUGGAAUGUUUGAGCAGGAUCUGAAGGCGUCGACGCUGUUGCUGGUCCCGGAGCUGUAUACGUUCGGACAGCGGAACAGUGGGUUCUCGUUGAUGACGUACUCGACCUGGAUGGCGGCAGCGGUGUAUCAGGCGAUUGCGGCGUUGAUGGUGCCGCUGUGGAUUGCGGGCGCGAUUGGCAAGUUUGGGGUCGAGCCCGAUGAUGAGGCGUUGUUCCCGAUGGGUCUGGGAGUGUACACGACGAUUGUGUUGGUCGUGACCUUCAAGAUCGCGUACCUGGAGACACACAACUGGUCGGUCAUGACGCAUGUCACUUCGUUCCUGACGAUCUUGGCCUGGUUCGGAUACAAUACCGUGUACUCGUUCUUUUACCCGAUCCGAACGGCGGGAUACCAUGUCCGCGGAGUCUUUCAGACCCUGGCGGGUCACCUGCCGUUCUGGCUGACGAUCAUUGUUGCGUUUAUGAUUGCGAUUAUGCCGAAUAUCAUGGCCAAGAUCCUGAAGGCCCAGAUGUUCCCGUCGGAUGUGGAUCUGUACCAGGAAUUGGAGAAGGACCCCGAGGCGGUGCAGCGGUGGAAGGAAUGGGAGGUCGAGCUCGGAAAGCAAGGAGCAGAGGCCGAGGGAGUGACGGGAUCGAAGAUCCAGAGGCGCCUUUCGAUUGCAGCGAGUAUCGUGUCGAGAAACUCGAGUCGCCAUACGCCGAGUAUGUCGAGUCGUCGUGGUCGAUCCAAGAAUCAAAGUGAUCGAGCCUCGGCGCUGGGUAGCAGACGUCAAUCGUAUGAGGUCGCGAGGGAGGAUGGAUUCGGAGAGGCGCAGGAUCGUGUGGGGGAGCUCUGGACUGCAACGGGGGCCGGAGGAACUCCACUACGUAGGGCGAACACUGCGAGCCCAUUGUCGAGGGAACAGUUGCAGCAGCAGAGGUCAUUGUCGUCGUCCGGGCCAUGGUCGGCCACGCAGCCAAACUUCCCGAGAUCGACGCCGUUUAGGGAGUCGAGGAGUCGGGGUGUGAGUCCUGUAGGAAGGGGCAGACUGAGAAGGGCGUCUUCCGCGGGCAAUCCGGUUGAGCAUUCGAAUGGUGGUGGUGCACCAUUGGUGGAGUACCAUGCAAUGGACCAGCACCAGCACUAGCACCGGUAUGGGCAUAGCCGAUGAGGACAAGUAGGGGCAGAAGUAGAAGGAGGAGGAGGAGGAGCAUGUGAAUAUCCCAAAAAUUUGUUGAACUUGUACUAUUAGCGUGGCAUUUUUUUUCCUAAAAUAAAUCGUCUUGUUUUUUCCCAAU